CAGUAACACCUUCCUCUCUUCACAUUUUAAUUUGCAACCCCGCCAAUAUCUUCCUUCCCUUAAUUUCUCUUAUGGAAUCUGUUGGCUCUGAUGGUUCAUCUACAUCCUCACCUGACUCCAACUACCGCCACCGCAACCGUCUUCAUCUACGGCUUAAGCCAAGCCAACCGGUGGCAGACCGCAUUUUUCGAGCCAUCCGUCACCGUCUUCGCCUUCUCCAUCGAUCAGAAGCCAACUUUUUUAUCUUGGGUGCGACAGGGAAUGUCUACACCGUGACCUUAAGUGCAACCCCUACGUGCUCGUGCCCUGAUCGGACAACACCAUGCAAGCAUAUAUUAUUUGUUUUGAUUCGUGUAUUGGGCGUCUCUCUUGAUGAUGCAUGUCUUCGAAGGAGGAAUCUUAGGACUUGCCAGCUUAAUCGCCUGCUUGGGACUCCUACCUUGCCAGAGGCGCUGGCAGGGUCUAGCGUUCGUGAGAGAUUCCAUCAGUUGUUCUUUCAGACAAGGCAUGGUGUUUUGAGACCUCGUGUUGAGGUUGAAGACGGGACAAAGUGUCCGGUUUGUCUUGAAGAGAUGGAGAAGGGAGAGAAGGUGGCGGCUUGUGGAACAUGCAGGAAUGUUAUUCAUGCAGAAUGCUUGAUGAAGUGGAAGAGGAGUAAGGGGAGGAGGGCAGCUAGCUGUGUGAUUUGUCGAGCAAGGUGGAGAGACAGAAAUGAUGAAGAAAGGUAUUUGAAUUUGGCAGCUUAUGUUGGGGAGGAUGAUAUGGCUGAAGAUGGUAUAGGUAUUUGUGUCGGCUAAAUGUCUUCAUGGGCAUUGAUUAGCUAGCUAGGGUUUACCUUCAUCGAUGCUACAUUAAAGAAAGAUCAUUCGAUUUGUAAAUACAAUCAUAGGUUAAUGUUGUUGUAACCAAUAUUGUCUCUAUAACUACAUUUUAACUUGUUUGAAUGCAAUAUAGUAUAAGAA